CAGCCGGCCCCGCUGCGGGAGGCGGUGGCCCUUUAAGCGGGGCGUUGCCAGGGCGCGGGCUCCCGGAGGCGGAGACUUGACGUCCCGGCAGACGGAAGCGGAGCAAGUUGCGAAGGGCCCGGCCGGAGUUGCGGAAGUUGGGUCCGGGGCCGCCAUGGGGGGUUCGGCCAGUCAGCUGCCGCGGGACCUGCUGGGCGAGUACCAGGAGCUGACCUUUCUGAGCAAGCAGGAGAUCUUGCUCGCCCACAAGAGAUUCAGUGAGCUGCUGCCAAAGGAGGAGAGGGAGAGUAUCCUGCUGAAAAGAGUCCCCAAGAGCAAGAUCCUCACACUGCCUGAGCUGAGGGCAAACCCAUUCCAGGACCGGAUCUGCCGGGUCUUCUCCACUGCAGAGGAUGGGGAGGGCAGCAUGUCCUUCGAAGACUUCCUCGACCUGCUGAGCGUCUUCAGUGACACGGCCACGGUGGAGAUCAAAUCCCACUACGCCUUCCGCAUCUUCGAUUUUGAUGACGAUGGGACACUGGACAGGAAGGACCUGGAGAAGCUGGUGAACUGCCUGACAGGGGAAGGAGAUGAGACUAGGCUGAGUGACUCAGAGAUGGAUCAGCUCAUCCAGAACAUCCUGGAGGAGUCCGAUAUUGACAAGGAUGGGACCAUUAACCUCUCCGAGUUCCAGCAUGUCAUUUCUCGAUCACCGGACUUUGCCAGUUCCUUCAAGAUUGUGCUGUGAUGGCGCCACGUCCCUUCCAGCGGAGGUGUCCUGUGGCUGGCUGUGCCCAUGGUCUUUCCCUUCCUAGCCUGCUGCGUGGUUCUGCACCAUCACUGCACAGUGCUGGAUCCUUCCUCCUCUGGCAAACAUGCAAUAAUAUUGGUGACUCCAGUAUUGUGCUAGGAGUCCGGUGCCUUGGAGCACUCCUUCCAUAGUGCCUUAUGCAGGACUCCAUGGCACAAGACCUCUCCUGCCCAGCAUGCUGUGCCUUCUGUGUUCUUCUUGGCCUGCAAGGGUAGGGUCACAGAGUCCUUAAUGCAGCUGCCUUGUGCUUCAAACAAACUCCUGGCCCAUGGAGGCUACAGGUCCCAGCCUGUCAAGUCAUACCUGGAUCAGAGCAGAGGCUGCUGGGAUCAACCUGGCACAAAGCAUGCUGGGAUUUUUUGUCUCCAUAGGCUAUAUUUUCAUGGGCUUACUCCUAUGCAAACCAGGUGCAGUCCUCUGGGCCUACCCGGGACAUCCUGAGCUGGAGAGGGGAACUCCUGCUAGGGGCCUGUGAUAAUCCCGGGCUCACCUUCCUGAGCCUCUCUUUCUGCCUUCCACUAGCAAACUGGCAGCUAGGGCUCCAGCAAGGAGUCCUUGUGAAUGCAGCGGGCCUGGCUGGUUCCCUGAGGCUGCCUCACAUGGGCCAGGGGUCUGGCAAAGGAAUGUAGCACAAGGGGCUUGUUUUACUAUGCAAUAAUGUAAUUGGCACCUUAAAACGCUGCAGUGCCGCAGCUUUGCCCACUUUCCAACUCCCUCCUUUGGGACCAUGCACAGCUUUCUGCUCAGCCAGAGGCGGGGAGUGUCCUGGCAGGGCCUGGCAUGGGCCACAGCUGAGAACUGACUUGUAAAGCUUCUGCCUGUGCCACUCCCAGUCUGCCCUGCCCUGCCCGUCAGUGUGUCUGCCAGUGCCUACCUCCUUCCCAAAGCAGCAGCUGAUUCCCGUUGUCAGGCACCCUGGCCCUGGGUCCUUCCCCUGCUACUCAGUUGAUGUAGGCCAGGGGAAGGCAAUGGCUGCCAGGCAGAACGCUCCACUUGGUGGUCCCACCCUGCCAGCUGCUGUCUGAUGUGGUGCUAGUGCCUGCUGGGGGAGCAAAGAUUCAGGGUGUCUGUCUGUCUUUCUUUCUACCCUUUCUUUCAUGUGGUAAAGCAGCUGGCUUCCCCAUGCAGCUCUGCUGGGCGCUCCCCUACCAUGGGAGAGAGGCCUGCAAUAUUCUGCACGGGGUGGGGAGCUGCUCAGCCAUGUAUGGAGAAUGAAUAAACAACUGAAGUCUUA